GGAUAUGGCGCCACGCUGAAGCCCCAGUCUCGUCUUUCCGGCUCUGCUUUCCCGGAGACACCAGCAGCAGCAGCAGCGAGAGGGGCUAAGCUCUCUUCGAGCUUCCUUCAUUCCGAAGGCCCUCUCUCUGCCACCAGCAGCAGCAAAGGAAGCGAGGAGAAGCGCGAGAGUGCCGAGCCUUUGAGAGCGGAGCGCUGGUGUUUUGAUCAUGGCUUCGACUAUGGCGCAAGCCUCGCGCUUGGGGCUCGGGGCUGCCGCUGCGGUCGCACCGGCUUCGGCUCAAGGAAAGAAUUCUCGCAGACGGGCGGGACGGGGCGUGUUGAGCAAUGGCGCCAUCGCUUCCUUCUCCGGCCUCAAGGCCACCACUGGACUGCCCCGCUCCGCUCCCUCGGCCGACGCCGCUCUCCAACGCGCUAAGCUCUCACAGGGCAUCAAGUCUGCUUCUCCGAGCGCCCGAAGAGGAGUCGUGUGUAUGGCAGCUGCUGAAGGUAGAGAAGUGCCUCUGUCGGACUACCGAAACAUCGGUAUCAUGGCCCACAUUGAUGCCGGAAAGACCACCACCACCGAGCGUAUCUUGUUCUACACCGGUAGGAAUUACAAGAUUGGAGAGGUGCACGAGGGAACUGCCACUAUGGAUUGGAUGGAGCAAGAGCAAGAGAGGGGAAUUACCAUCACCUCUGCCGCUACCACAGCGAAGUGGAAGGACCACCGAAUCAACAUCAUCGACACGCCUGGUCACGUCGACUUCACUCUGGAGGUGGAGCGAGCCCUGAGGGUUCUGGAUGGAGCUAUCUGCCUCUUUGACAGUGUGGCAGGAGUAGAACCCCAGUCAGAGACCGUGUGGAGGCAAGCCGACAAGUAUGGUGUUCCACGUAUCUGUUUUGUCAACAAAAUGGACCGGCUGGGUGCCAAUUUUUUCCGAACCAGGGACAUGAUAAUUUCCAAUUUGGGUGCCAAGCCCUUGGUAUUACAGCUCCCAAUCGGAUCUGAGGAAACCUUCCAAGGUAUUGUCGACCUAGUGAAGAUGGAAGCCGUAGUGUGGGGCGGUGAGGAAUUAGGAGCCAAGUUUUACAGUGAGCCUAUUCCAGAGAAUUUGCAGGAGCUGGCAGCAGAGUACCGUAAUUUGCUGAUUGAGACGGUUGUGGAACAAGACGACGAAGCCAUGGAGAACUACUUGGAGGGUAUCGAGCCCGAUGAAGAGACUAUCAACAGGUUGAUCCGAAAGGGAACCAUCUCCUUGUCAUUUGUCCCCGUCCUCUGUGGUUCGGCUUUCAAGAACAAGGGUGUGCAGCCUCUUCUGGAUGCCGUCAUCGCAUACCUCCCCUCACCUCUAGAUGUUCCACCUCUAAAUGGAAGUGACGCUGAAGACCCCACCAUAACCAUUGUCAGGCAGCCUAAGGACUCUGAGCCUUUCUCCGGUCUUGCAUUCAAAAUUAUGACUGAUCCAUUCGUGGGAUCCCUCACAUUCGUCCGAGUUUACAGUGGAGAAGUCACAGCAGGAACUUACGUCCUGAAUGCCAACAAGAAUAGGAAGGAGAGAAUUGGACGUCUGCUGGAGAUGCACGCCAACAGUCGAGAGGAUGUAAAGGUCGCCAGAACCGGAGAUAUCAUCGCUCUUGCGGGAUUGAAGGACACCAUCACCGGAGAGACUCUCUGUGAUUCAGACAAGCCUGUGGUGCUGGAGCGCAUGGAUUUCCCAGACCCUGUAAUCAAGGUUGCCAUCGAGCCUAAAACCAAGGCCGAUGUCGACAAGAUGUCAAACGGUUUGAUCAAGUUGGCCCAAGAGGAUCCCUCUUUCCACUUCUCCAGAGAUGAGGAGACUAACCAAACCAUCAUCGAGGGUAUGGGAGAACUUCAUCUCGAGAUUAUUGUCGACAGACUGAAGAGAGAGUUCAAGGUCGAGGCCAACGUCGGUGCGCCACAAGUGAACUACAGGGAGAGUAUCUCCAGGAUUGCUGAAGUCAAGUACGUCCACAAGAAACAAUCAGGAGGGCAAGGACAAUUCGCCGAAAUUGUUGUACGCUUUGAGCCACUAGAGUCAGGCAGCGGUUAUGAAUUCAAGAGUGAAAUCAAGGGAGGAACAGUUCCAAGGGAGUAUGUACCUGGUGUCAUCAAGGGUCUUGAAGAGUGCAUGAACAAUGGUGUCCUGGCUGGUUACCCAGUUGUGGACGUGAGAGCUGUAUUGGUGGAUGGAUCAUACCACGAGGUGGAUUCUAGUGUCUUGGCUUUCCAGUUGGCUGCAAGAGGAGCAUUCAGGGAAGGUAUCUCCAAGGCCGGACCAAGGUUGUUAGAGCCAAUUAUGAAGGUAGAAGUAGUCACUCCCGAAGAACACAUGGGUGAUGUUAUUGGAGACCUCAACUCCCGAAGAGGUCAAAUCAGCAGCUUUGGAGACAAGCCAGGUGGCAUGAAGGUUGUCGACGCCGAGGUUCCUCUAUCUGAGAUGUUCCAGUACGUCAGCAACCUUCGUUCCAUGUCCAAGGGACGAGCCCAGUACACUAUGCAACUUUCGAAAUUCGAGGUCGUGCCACAACACAUUCAAAACCAAAUCUCGGCCAAGAAUAACUCUGUUGUUGCUGCCUAGAAGGUUGGCUACCCACAUUUGUUAGAAUUAGGCAAAAUAAAUAAAAUUUCAAAUUUUUUGCACAGGAGAAAACUGUCCUGAGUAGGAGUAGAUGUUGUCCGCAUUGUUGCCUCACACACAUCGAUUACAUUUGUACGAAAAUCAAUCAUAGAGGUUUAGUUUCCGUACUUCUACUCAGGUGUACUUUGAAAAAACUGUUCAGGAAACUAGAACCGAGUAAAAUUCUGAAAAUUUGGCC